AUGAGAAUGUUGAAACCAUUAGCAUUAUUCUUUCUCAUCUUGUGCACUAUCCACCCAAACCAUGCCCUAGAUGUAAUAGAAGAAACAUGCAACAAGACUUCAUAUCCUACCGAAUGUGUUAAGUUCGUGAAAUCCAAUCCAAAAUACAGUGCAGAAAAUCCGGUUGAGAUAGCAAUAAUCAUGUUUAAUAUAAUGAGAGACAAAGCCAUGUCUACCUCAACCAAAAUCAGUAAACUUCUUGCAGAGGGUAAAGCUCGUCCCGGUACUCCUGAACAUCAAGCACUUCAGCAAUGUGCUAAUUCAUACAAUAAAAUUGCAACAUCUGAUUUUCAAAGAGCCCGUGCAAGUUUACCUAGAGGAGAUGCUAAAGUUGCAUUAGAUGUCGCAACUUAUGUGUUAUGGAAAGUCAGUAAGUGUGAGGUGAGCUUUUAUGGGAGAGCUGGUGGUGACAUACGCACACCCCUCACUGAUGAGAACAAUGAUAUGACAGUUGUAGUAAACAUAGCUGCAGCUAUUGUUGAUUCAUUCGUGUAUACUAUCUAA